GGAUUCACUGUGUCUUUGUGAUUUGUGCUAAAGAUGACUAAGAAGCGAAGAAAUAACGGACGUGCAAAGAAAGGCCAUGGCCACGUCCAGCCCAUUAGGUGCACAAACUGUGCCCGCUGCGUCCCCAAAGACAAAGCCAUUAAGAAGUUUGUCAUCCGUAACAUUGUGGAGGCUGCUGCAGUUCGAGAUAUUUCAGAGGCCAGUGUCUUUGAUGUAUAUGUGUUGCCCAAGCUGUAUGUGAAAUUGCAUUACUGUGUCAGCUGUGCCAUCCACAGCAAGGUGGUAAGAAAUCGUUCACGAGAGGCCAGAAAGGACCGAAUUCCACCUCCACGUUUCAGGCCAGGCGCCAGUAUCCCACGUGGACCUUCUCAGAAGCCUAUGUAAACAUGAGCGAAUCCUAUAAUUUGGUUUGAAGUAAUAAAAAUGUUGGACCAUUAAAAAAAAA